AUGGCCGACGCCGAAAAGCCGACCGAAGAAACGGCCCAAUCCCCGCCCCCAAAGUCCCCCGUCUCCCCAAAAUCGCCUGCAGAUUCCGAACAGGCUGAGUCCAGCCCGCCAAUCGACGCCAGCAUUCUCCCAGCAUCACACUGGGAACCAGUCCAAGAAGAGGUUAUCUACGAUGGUGAUUCGGGGCUGGGCGACCUGGCCAGCAGCACGGCCUCGCUGUCGAGCAGCAUUCUCCAGUACAGGACCGUGCUCGGCAGGACGUAUGCCAGUGAAAUCGGCAAGUCGGAGGGCUGGACCCCGAAUGACGAGAAGCACACCGAAUCCAUGGAUAUUCACCACCACGCUUGCACGCUGCUAUUAGAUGGGAAGUUAUUCCUUGCUCCCAUCAAAGGUGAAACUAUCAGUAAAGUUGUCGACAUUGGCACCGGCACAGGCAUCUGGGCCAUCGACUUUGGCGACGAAUUCCCCAACGCCGAAGUUAUUGGCACCGAUAUCUCCCCCAUCCAACCCACCUGGAUCCCACCCAACGUCAAGUUCGAAAUCGACGACGCCAACCUCCCCUGGACCUGGAGAGACGACACGUUUGAUUUCGUGCACGUGCGCGGCAUGAUCGGGACCAUCAUCGACUGGCCGGCCUUCUACCGUGAGGCCUUCCGGUGCUGCAAGCCCGGCGGCUGGAUGGAGCACCACGACGAGGCCGCCGAGUGGCAUGCUGCCAACGGCGAGAUCUCCGAGGACAGCGCCAUGGGCCAGUGGGGCAAGGUCUUCUCGGAGGGCGGCAAGAAGUUUGGCCGCACGUUCCGCCUGAUCCAGGACGACGUGCAAAUAAAAGGCAUGCAGGAGGCCGGCUUCGUGGAUAUCGUCGUCAAGGACUACAUGUGUCCGCUAGGAGACUGGCCCAGGGACCCCAAGCAAAAGGAGAUUGGCAUAUUUGCAAAGCUGGUGCUGGAGACAGACUUGGCCGGUGCGUUGAGUUCCAAACCCCGUUCCCCGAUCCCCUGGAUCUUCCGGACUAACAAACCCAAGGCUUUGUCAACUUUGUUUGGUCCUCUGUUAUGGGCUGGAGUAAUGAAGAGAUUCAGGUGUACCUGGCAAACCUCCGGCAUGAGAUGCGGAACAAAACCAUCCACACAACCUAUCCCCAUCGCGUGGUAUAUGGGAGGAAACCGGAGUAGUGGUGUGGAGUCGGGUUGGGGGAUUCCUGGGACAGCGAGACGGGAGCGGAUACAGGCGGAUAGGUAG